UAUCAGACUUACUCUACAAUAAACAUUCCGGUCUCAGAAGUGUACCGAGGCCAGUUUAGGUCUCCGAAGUGUCCGAUUUUAAUUGGAAUUACAUGAUUUUUGAAGACAGAGAAACACAGCGAGUCGGAGGGGCCGGGAGUUGACAGCAGGAUGUCUCCGCCCCGUCCGCUCGCUGCCUUUAAGUUGCUCAGUGCCGCCGCCACUUGCUUCAUUUCUCACUCAGUUCUGAGUGUCAGAGAGAGCUUGUGCAUAGUUGCCGAUAUGACGGAGAACGCAGCCGCUGAAGCGGCUCCUCAAGCCGUCCCCGCCGCUCAAACUAAGGCUCCCAAGAAGAAGCAGGCGCUCGCCCGGAGCAAGGCAGCCGGUCUCAAGCUGGGCGAACAGAUCGACAAGCUUGUGGCGGAUUGCCGCGAUCGCAAAGGGUUGUCUUUAUUUGCGAUAAAAAAGAGCCUGGCCGCCAACAGCGUCGAUGUGGACAAGUACGGCCACCUGAUCAGGAUGUGCAUCAAGAGGAGAUUAGUAAACGGUUUACUGGUCCAGAACAAGGGCUCCUUCAAGACCGGCAAGGGAGAAGCGGCCGUGAAAUCAGUAAAGAAAGCGAAGAUUUCAGCAGGCAAGACAUCGAAGAGCAAGAAACCGACGGCCAAGAAACCCCCGACCAAGAAAUCACUGGUAAAACAAUCUACCCCCAAGAAACCAGCGGCCAAGAAACCAGCGGUCAAGAAAGUUGGGGCCAACAAACCAGCGAUCAAGAAAGUUGGGGCCAAGAAAGCAGCGGUCAAGAAAGUUUCCACUAAAAAAGUUGAGGUGAAGAAAGCAGCGGCAAAGAAAGCAUCGCCCAGGAAGGCGGCGCCGAAAAUACCCAAAAAGGUAGCAAAGAAGCCGGUAAAACGUCAGGUGAAGGCGAAAUCCAAGAAGGCAGCGGCCAAAAAGUGAAAUAAAAAACGCUGUCUGUAAAGACCAGAACCCAACGGCUCUUUUAAGAGCCACCCACAUAUAUCUGGAAAGAGCUGAUCUAAACUCAAGCGAUCCCGGGACCAGGCUCAGUGCGAGACGGAAAUAAUUACAAUUAACCCGGGAUUCAUCCUCCUAACUCUCUGUCCCUCUAUAUGAUUAGGGAUGCGGUCACCGACACUGAGCACGCCAAGCGUAACCAAAGAUCCUAUAGCAAAGGGAUCUUUGCUUACAAGAGCGUCUGAAGAAGUCCAGCUGAGUUUAGCUGUUUGUGACCAAAGAUCUUAUAGCGAAGCGCUCUGCUAUAAGAUCUUUGCUUGUAAGGCUCUUGGACCCAAUCACAGAGAGAGCAGUGACCCGGGAUGAAAGUGGAUGCAGAUUGCCAUCUGCUUUAAUAAAACAUUUAGUUCAACCACUGAACACAAACGUGUUUAGCUUGAUCCGCGCGUUCAUUAGAGAUGCAAAGAAUAUCGACAGCCGACAGUAAAAGAUCAUACACAAGGCGAUGUCAGUUUCCCUUUUACCUAUGUACCUCGUGAUUAAUGCAACA